GUCCAGCUGCCCAGCGCCAGGUCCAGAAUGGGCCAUCUCCAGAUGAGAUGGAAGCACAGAGAAGACAAGUGAUGGAGCAACAGCAACAGCGCCAGGAAUCUCUGGAAAGAAGAACCUCUACCACAGUUUCCACCCUUCAGAUAAGCAUGUGUUCUCCCCCCUCUCAGCUCCAGUCUCCUCCUCCCACCUGCAGUAACUGCGGCCCUCCUGCCUCUGGUGCUGUGCCCCCACCACCUCCUCAUGCCAGCACCAUGUUUUUGGCACCUGCUGUCCCCAAGCCUGCUAGUCAGUCCUCUUUCAGAUCCCCAUGGAGACCCAGAAAGCCCCCGCAGCUCCUGCACAGGCACUCGGCCUCCGAGCUGCCCACAGCCCCAGCUUCCUCUCCUGCAGCCUGCCCAAAUGGCAGGGCUGUAAUGCCAGGCACCAGGCGAACCUCGCUGUCUCCACCACCUCCUCAUCCUUCCCACUUGCCCUUCACCUCUCGCCAGCCUCUCAGGCGCUCUUCUCUUUCCUGCUCUCCUCGAUCUUCUGCUUCCUCUGCCACACGAACUCUACAGAGGGCUGACGUCCUGCGGCCACGUGGUCACACCAUCCUGCCUGUGAUUCCUGUCCCACCUGACAAGGUCAGGGGACCUACAGAUAAAGCAGGCCAGGAGACCUCAGCAAAUGUACCUCUGAAUGGCCAUCCUGAAGAAAAAAUUGCUUUAGGCCCUUCUGGGACCCAGGUGAAAAGCAUGGACGGGUCCUUCUUUCCACACCUAGGAGCUGCACCCCCCUCCCCGCUGCCCACCGUUGCCAGCCCCACUGGCUCCUGUGGCCAGGCUCCCUCCCCAUCCUCCCAUCCAUCAUCUCAUCCACCACAGCAGGGGUAUCAGCCCAUGUCACACUGUCUUCCAUUGCCUUCCCCUUACGCUGCUGUGUCUGAGGUGACUAUGCCCAGGAGGACCCCUCCUAGCAUGACUUCAUCAGCCAUUGCCCACUUGAGCCCAGCACUUCCACCUGGUCAUCCCAGUGGUGCUGCUGUGAUCCCUGCUUCCUCCGGGGGACCUCCACCUCCGCCACCCCCCCCAGUCCCUCCGCCACCCAUGGGAGCUGCACCCCCCCCGCCGCCCCCCCCGCCCGCAGGCGCUGGCCAAGGGGCUGGCACUGAAGAUGGGUCAGUGUCAGGGCUCGCAGCGGCUCUGGCUGGUGCCAAACUAAGGAGAGUUCAACGGCCAGAAGAUGGUUCAGGAGGGUCCAGCCCCAGUGGGGUCUCUAAGAGCGAUGCCAAUCGAACAAGUAGUGGAGGAGGCGGAGGAGGACUAAUGGAAGAAAUGAAUAAACUACUGGCAAAAAGGAGGAAAGCAGCGUCGCAGUCAGACAAGCCAGCUGACAAAAAGGAAGAGGAAAGCCAAAACGAUGAUGCUAGCACCUCUCCUUCACCCAGUACACGAGGUCCCACCCAGCAGCAGCAAAAUGCAUCAGACUCUGGGAAGAAGCCAUGGGAAAGGAGCAAUUCUGUUGAAAAGCCUGUAUCUUCAUUACUUUCUAGAAAUCCAUCAGUGGUGAAGAGCUGUGAAGCUAAGAGCCCCACACAAUCCCACGUGUCUUCUAGGAUGAAGCCAGUGAGCAGCAGCAAUGAUGUGGCUAUGGAUGCCUUAGAUUUUGAUCGAAUGAAACAGGAAAUAUUGGAGGAAGUUGUAAGAGAGUUACACAAAGUGAAAGAGGAGAUAAUUGAUGCCAUACGGCAGGAGUUGAGUAGAAUCAGUACAACAUAAUGAUUGCAAAGCAUUUGGACGGUACUAAGAAUGCUAGGAAGAUCGGAUCAUUUCUAAGUGUACCAAGGUCAUGCAAGAUGGUGAGAGGACACCGGCACUGUCUUUGUUCUUAUACCCUUUUUAUUAGCAGACUCAGCACACUUUGAAGCUUGCUGCUGCCUUGGAUUCGCUUCAUUUUAAAAGUCUUAAUCUAAAGAAUAUUAAAUUUUAAAUUUCUGGAUUUUUUAGAUUUCAUCUGACACUGCACAUUGGAUUUGUCAGCCUUUUUUGUAUUUUGUAUUUGCUUAUUUAAAUGUAUUACCUUUCUUUUUAGUAGUAGAUAAGAACACAUGUGAACCAUUUGCUUUUGAUAGAUGACUUCAAAGUAAUUUUACUAGUAGUCUGCAAUGUAAAUGAAGAUCCUUUGCCAACAGAAAUGUAUUGUGGCAUCACCAGAAGAAACAGAGACGUUAGUUGUCAGCCAACAAGUUCUUUGUCUCAGAGUUAUCACAAUAUAAAAAAAUGGUACGUCAGUGCAUCACAGUAUCUGUGUUCAUAUUGGUAAUAAACUGUUUAUUGUCCACAUGG